GGCGGAGUGCCUGCGGCAGGGAGAGGAGCCCUGGGCGGGAUUGCGCUGCGCUGCCUCCUGGGCACCGGGCCGGUCUGCCCGCUCACCCGCCCUACCGGGGCGUGGGCACUUCUUUCCCGGGACAAAGGGGCCCUUCCGCGGCUCACGCGCCCGCUUCCCUUGAAUGGUGGGGAAGGGACGGCUGGCCUCGGCCCGGCUCCGGGUGUGGCCUGGGGAGGGGGACCCUAUUUUGUCCUCGCAACAACAGCCCUGUGAGGUGGGCCCGAGUACGCCGCAGGUGUGGGGAACCUUCGGUUGGACGGCAACCGCCGUCAGGCGCUGCCAAUCCGGGCCAGUGGUGAUGAAGGGCGUGGCUGCAGGUGCCCCCCUCCCGCGGACUACGGCCUGACUGGGGGUGCCCUGCGUGCCGCGCUAAUCCCGAUUUCAGGCGCUAUGCAGGAUUUCCCCACCUGGCUUCAUCCGGAGGGCCAAAAGCCGGCUUGAGCGACAGCGCUCCCCUGCAGCGGGUCUCGGGGAUUUCUAGGCGGCCGCUGCGCUCCCGGUGCCCCCACGCAAGUCCCUUCUGCCUUGGCUGAAGAGUCUGCUGCAACCGGGCGACGAUGUCGCAGGCAGGCAGCGCCAACUCCAGGGCCUCCCCUGCAAGAAAACGCGCAAAAUGCCGCGGAGGCUGGUCCGUUGGGGCAAGUGGACCCUCAACCUCCCUCUGGCCCUGCCUCAGCCCGCCGGCCCCCAGGCCGUGCCUGUCACCUGGUCCCUCCUUAGGCUCCCCGUAGAACUCAGCAGGGGGGGGGAGGCUGGGGCUGAAACGUGAAUGAGUUGGCUCUGGCUCUGCCUACAGUUUGGGUUCCCUGCUAGUUCCACGGGGCACCGGCCUCCACCCACAAGAAGCAUCAGUAAGAACUAGACAUUUCGUGUUGCUCCCACCCCACGUGACUGAAAAUCAGGUCUCCCCUGCCCCAAAUCCUGUGCCCCGUGACCAGCAGCGUGUCUCCUUUGAGGUGCACUAGUGUUCCCCUCAGUUCAAAGGGAUGUUUCUGUGCAGGCUGCACUUCAAAACAAGGAUGUGGUGCCCCCUCCAACCGUGCCCCUCCCACCCCUUGGGUAUGAGGAGCCCUGGCUUUGCCCGAGGUGGAGGGGCGUGCGAGUGGCAGGCCCUGAUUUGGUCUCCUCUUGCUUAUUCAGUCUGUGAUCAAUAAGGGUACCCAUGUGGGCUGCUGCUGGGCAAUCCCAUGGAGACUGCCAUUGGCCGAGCCUGUGCUCCAGACUCCUAGAGUGGCUGUCCCGGUCCCCAGUCAAUUCCCAGCACGCUCCCUGCAGUGCUGUGCAUAACUGGGCAUGUGGGUUUUGGCCCCCACAACCUUGCCUUCAAAUGGAAGCCUGAUGACAGCCAUCCUCAGCGCCAAUGACAAAGCGUCAAGGGGCCCCUCUGAGCUAGAAUCCAAGGCUGGCUUUAUGACGCCCCUUUGGAGGGCUGACCCCGAGCAAGAUGGUGCUGGACUCCGUUUCACAGGCCUACCGGCGGCAGGCGCAGUCUGAUGUGUUUGGGGCAGGCCUGCAGCAGAGAAGUGGGAAAGAAGAGGGCUCUCACCUGUAUGAGGGGCUGCGGCGUCACCCCUUCUUGUCUCCUCCCCUUUCUCUGGAAUCGGACUCUUCCAGGCCCCCCUCCAAGCCCAAGUGCCUCCAAAGCCCAGACCCCAAGGCGCCUUUGGGCCUGUGUCCUGCCUUCCAGAGUCCCUGUAACUGGAUGCGCCGGAGUGAGAGCUCCCGUGCAGUGAACCGGAGAGACCGGCCACGGGGACAGAUCCGCAGUGCUGCUUCCCUCCCUCAUAUCCCCAAGGCAAAGGCAGAAGGGAGGAGCGGUACCAGAAGGAAGAGCCCUUGUUUGCUGGUGGCCCUGAGGCCGCUGAACAUUGAGAAGGAAAGAGAUAAAUUCUUCCGAUCCUCUUAUGCCUACAACCCUCAGUUUGAAUAUGCAGAGCCUGUCCCUGAGAUGGUGCUGGAAAAAUACCAAGAUGCCUCAGGCCAGUUUAUUUCACAGGCUAUUGGAAUAAUUAACGCUGUCCUGGAGAAAUAUGGCACAUAUGAGAGCUUUGAGGCAUCCAAUGGUGGGAAGUUACUCAGUAAAUGCCAAAUCUGGUCCAUCGUCAGGAAGUACAUGCAGAAGGAAGGGUGCUCUGGAGAGGUGGUAGUUCAGCUCACAGAGGAUCUGCUCUCCCAGGCCGUGAUGAUGGUGGAAAACAGUCGGCCAACUUUAGCCAUCAACCUCUCUGGAGCUCGUCAGAACUGGCUGGAGGGCAUGUUGCGCCAUGAAAUAGGCACCCACUACAUCCGUGGGGUCAACAAUGCUCACCAGCCCUGGCACAGCUUGGAAGGUCGCCAGCAAUAUGGCCUGAAGCCUGCUAAUCCCACAGAAGAAGGCCUAGCCAGCAUCCACAGUGUCCUCUUCCGCAAGCAGCCCUUUCUGUGGAGGGCGGCACUUCUCUACUACACUGUCUACCAGGCCAGCCGCGUGUCCUUCUGCGAGCUAUUUCACAACCUGGAACGCUAUGUGCAGGAUCCUGGGGUGCGGUGGGAGUACUGCGUGCGGGCCAAGCGAGGCCAGGCAGACACUUCAGGGCCAGGGUGUUUCAGUAAAGAUCAAGUGUAUCUGGAUGGAAUUCUCCGGAUUCUGAGACAUCGGCAAACCAUCAACUUCCAGUUGCUGGCUGCCUUGGGGAAGGUCUCCUACGAAGAUGUGGAUCACCUUCAGAAACAUGGGGUGCUGGAGAAGGCCCGAAUCCCCCACUUCAUGCAGGACCUAGAGAGGUACAUGCAGCAGCUCAACCACAUCGUCGUAACCAACUGUCUCAACGAUGAAGAGCUGGAACAGCUGCUGCCAGACUGAGCAGGCUUGGUUGGGAGGGGAAAAGAGAGGGCUGCAACUCCUCCUGCCUUUGCUGUUACCCUGGACAGGCUGCGAUAUAAUCAUGAAGCCUUUUGGUGGUCCUCAAAGACGUUGUUUUGUUAGAUUGUGGUCUGCUGAAGACAGUGCAAUGGCUCACAGCCUAGUAUUUAUUCUUUAUUUAUUGGGUGUCUCUGGUUGAGUAUUAGGGGAAGACCAGGGUGAACCAGUUUUCUAGUUAAAGGAGAGAGACCUUUGUAAGGUACUUGAGUAUGUCAAUCCGUAAUUUUAAAAUGUCUCAAGCAGAUGGCUUAAGAUCCAUGUAGAAUGUGGCAUGCCCCUUCUUCUGUGAGACAGGUAAACAGAUGUCUGUUUUGACCGUGGUUUAAAAAAAACCCAAGCAGUUCUGAGACAGGCCAAUUGGCCUAUAUCUGCACAAUCCAGUGCUGGGUGCCUCAUUCAGUCUUUUUCAGUCACCAGUGGUCACAGAUGCAGAGGCUGUUGAACAUGUCUUGCAGGGCUUGGCUGCUGAGAACUAGCUACAGGACCCAUUUACAUAAAGUAAGAAAAUGUCUUAUGUGUUUCCCAUCUAGAAUUCAGUCAGACAACCUGCAACACUUAAGCAAAAACUUGCUUUGUUGCAUUGGGCAGAGAUCUCUCGGGAAUCUCUGUGAACAGAGGCCCAAACACAGGAAGCUGCUUCCUCUGGAAGUCAGGCUGGCAGUCCUUGAUCUGUAGCUAGUUCUUUGACAAAUUUAAGUGAUUGUCCAGCCUAAGCAGUGGUCUGUUGUUGGCAGGUGUGCUGGAAUGGGUGCUUAGUGGUAGCUUAAGCUGCGCUUUCAACAGCCAAACCUGUUUGUGGCGAAGAAUGCAGAGAGAUACCUUUGGCCAAACAAGACCAACAGGCAAGGUGGCCUCCUGAGGGCAGGAGGGAGGCAAAGAGGGGUGGGAAGGGAUGCAGCUUUAGCUUAGACAAGAACAUGUUUUAAGCAAUGCCAGCUCUUUAAAUGGAGCCAAGGGCGAUAUAAGGGAGUAGAGCUGCACUGGCGCCAACUCAGGCAUGGGUUUCACCGGGGCGGGGCAGUCAAGGCUGAAGCCAUUAUGGUAAGAAACUAACAAGGACCCCAUCUACCCGACAGUGCAACCUUACUGGGUGUAUGUCACCUUUGCUUCUACACUCUCUAUCAAAGUCAGUUCCCCUUCUGGGCUCUCAGUGUAAAAAGAAAAAAAACACCAUUGUGAUCCCUUCAAUAAAGAGGCUCCUCUGCUUUUGUUGUGGUUAGGUGGGAGGUCAUAGAAUCAUGGAACCGUAGAGUUGGAAAGGGCCUAUAAGGCCCCCAAGUCCAACCCCCUGCUCAAGGCAGGAAUCCAACUUAAAGCAUACCCAACAGGGCCUGCCCAGCUGCCUCUUACUUGUGUUGGAGAACCCACCACCUCUCUUAAGUAAUUGGUUCCAUUGUUGGUACUGCUCUAAUGAUGAGGAAGUUUUUCCUGAUGUGCAAUCGAAAUCUGGCUUCCUCUGACUUGAGCCCAUUAUUAUGUGUCCUGCACUCUGGCAUGAUUGAGAAGAGAUCCUGGCCCUCCUCUGUGUGACAGCUUUUCAAGUGCUUGAAGAGUGCUAUCAUAUCUCCUCUCGGUCUUCUUUUCUCAAGACUAAGCAUGCCGAGUUCUUUCAGCUUCUCGUCAUAGAGCUUUGUUUUCCAGUCCCGAUUAUCCUUGUUGCCCUUCUCUGAACCUGUUCCAGUUUGUCUGCAUCCUUCUUGAAGUGCGGAGACCAGAACUGGACACAGUACUCAAGAUGAGGCCUAACCAGUGUGAAUAGAGGGGAACUAGUUCUUCACACAAUUUGGAAACCAUACUUCUGUUAAUGCAGCCUAAAAUAGAAUUUGCCGUUUUUGAAGCCACAUCACACUGCUGGCUCAUUUCCAGCUUGUUAUCAACAAUUCCAAGAUCCUUCUUGCAUGUAGUAUGGCUGAGCCAAGUACCCCCAUCUUAUAACUCUGCAUUUUCAAAGGUAUAGAACUUUGCACUUAAAUUUUAUUCUGUUUUCAGCCCAGUCCUCUGUCCUAUCAAUAUCACUUUGAAUUGUUUCUGUCCUCCAGAGUAUUAGCUAUCCCUCUGAAUUUUGUGUUAUUUACAGAUUUGAUAAGCAUUCCCUGCACCACCUCAUCCAAGUCAUUAAUAAAAAUGUUGGAGAGCACUGGCUCCCAGACCAA